UAAAUAGAUCUCUCUCUCUCUCUGUCGGGAAAAAGUUGCAGGAAACCCUAAACCGAUCCCAAAUUCGUUGCGGCCGAGAUAUCGAUUCGAUAUGGCAGGAGGAGGAGGUGAUGCGGCGUUACAAAGGCGGACGGGAGUGUGGUGGGACCUGAACACGUGUCCGGUUCCCGAUGGUUUUGACUUUUGACCCUCGUCGUGUGCGUGGGUGCAUAGAAUCAGCGGUGCACAAGCAGAUGGGUCAUCGUUCUAAAGUCGUCAUCUAUGCCAUGGGCAACCUAGAAUACAUCUCUAGUGACCUCUUGGAAGAGAUAGCUUACUCUGGAAUCGUUCUUGUCCACGCUCCCUGCGGUGGGAACGACUUCAGAAAGUUACUGGGCGAAUGGUCUCAGCUUAACCCAUCAUCUCCGGCUUAUACUGUCAUGCUGAUAUCCUGCAAUUAUACGAUGGUUGAUCCUUAUCUUUUUCGGCCUACUCGAUUCACUGCUUUUUGUGUAUAUCCAAAAGAUAGCCGGCCAGUUACCCUUGACCAGCAGCCAGUAGCUCAGAAAGUUUUUGUGGGAGAGUUUGUCUGGGAAACUUUAUUGAAUGACAACAUCACAUGUGAGAUGAUGACCGUGGAUGAAGAUGAACCUCUCUGCAUUUGCGACAUAUGCGAUGACACUUUCGAAAUAUGUGCCGAAUUCAUCACUCAUCUCAAGAGUGAAGAACACAUAAAGGAGUUGUCUGAUAUAGUGCCUAGAGACUCCUGGUACGGUAAGCCUAUGCAUUUUUGCCAUGUUUGCAAUUAUCCCGGCUACGACGAAUAUAACAUGCUCCUCCAUAACCAAAGUGAAGAUCAUCAUCGCAAGCUGGAUAAGAGCAGGAAGAGAUUGAUCUCUUUACCGAGAGAAACCCCUUUAACCAUUCAAACAUCAAGCUAUGUUUUGAACGAGUCAAACAAGACGUUUCCAUUGAUGAAGAAGAGGAAGUCUACGCUCUACUAGUUUGUGCCUAUGGGGUCCUUGUGUGUUUACCACUUAUUUAUUACCGUUUGUUCUACCACCUAAACUAUUGGUUUGUUUUGGUUUAAUUAAUACUUUUAUCUAUUAAAAUGAAAAUCUUCAUCCUGUUGCUUUAUGCAAGCCA